UUUUAUUUUUUAAAUAGUAUAUUAUCAUUUAUUUUUAUCCAUGAUAAUUUAGAUAUAUUCAGAUCAUAUUUUAAAAUUCAAGUUAAUAUCGUAAGUAUUUUUUCUAGUUUGUUUGUUUGGUUUUGUUCAUUUGAGGUGACAAUCAAACUGCUCUCAAAUUGACAACAUUUAAAGUUCGAUUUUCGCUUAAUAAUCAUAAACUAAUAUACAGUUUAUUUCUUCUGUUUAAUUCAUAAAUAUGUAAAUAUUUUUAUUUUAAACAUAGUUUACACUGAAAUCUCACUAGAUACUUUUAUUACAUAAAAUUUUUGAGAUUUUUAAAUUAAAAAAAAUAUUUUUGUCGUUUUAUUAUUAUGGUAGAAGAGGAAUCGUUCAACUCUUAAACAAAGUCCCUCAAAAAGAGACAGUCGGGCAUCUUCAUUUCUGCGGAGGCAAUCUCGAUGACGUCAUCACUGCUCUCUUCAGCAUAAUUAUGGGCGUGACGUUAUAAUUAUUAAAAUCAUUUUCAUCAUCGUCAUCCCUGUCAUCAUCAUCGUCUUUGUCAUCAUCAUCGUCGCCACCAUCGAUGUCGUAAUCAUCAUUUUGAACUUCGGCUAACCGAAUAUUUUCAUCUUAGUUAUCAUAACAAAAUAAUCAGCAGCAGCAUCAACAACAACAUCCUCAUCACCGUCGUCAUCAUUGUCAUCAUGUUUGCUCCUCCCAUGAAUAGCAUCAUCUCUUCACUGUCCUCUCCAUUGCACUCCUUCCAUACUUAUGCAGACCCUCAAGAACCUGCCAAAAUUCUGGCUAGGGCACACCAGGAAUUGAACCAUAGAUUCUUACAAGAGCGCCUCUUACAGGUCACAUCACCAUCUCUACUCUCCAAUCCCCUUCUCAUAUCCAAUCCACCCCCUCCACCCUCGUUGGGAUCCCACUACUUUCCAGGGGCACCAAACUUUGUUCCUCCCUUCCUGUCACCUCUCGCCAAUUCACACUCCAUCGUACUGCAGUCUAUAUUGAUUUCAAAAUAG